AUGUUCGGAUCUUGGCGCCUGAUCUCCUACAAAGCCAUCAGUGUUACCAAUCCUGAUGACUUUAUAUAUCCUAUGGGUGAAGACUGUGAAGGCCACCUGAUGUACGCGGAAGGCGGCCACAUGUCAGUCACUAUACUGCGUAAAGAAGGCACUUCCUCGGAGAGCGCAGAUAUCGCCGCGAAUACUUUAACUUACGCCGGCGGCUUCGGGUUCUCUAACCUUGUCGAGGAUCCAAAAAUGAUUAUGCACUACGUUGGUGACACGAGCGUCCCGAGAAAUAAAACGCUGCAGAGGGUGGUCAACCUAUCAUGGGAGGACCGGAAAACUUUCUUGACCUUGUCCCCGGAAGAUCCCAUCCAAAUGGAAGGUACCGACCGAAUGCUGGAGGUGAAAUGGCAGAAGCUACCCUCAUUGGUGAUCCCAUUGGGAGAGGACGUGAUUUACCGUUGUCUGAAACGAGGAUGCGUCAAGCUCUUUCUAUCUCGGAAUGAUUGGAGUCGACAUGAUUCGGAACACAAUGAACCGGCACAAUGGCGGUGUCCCCUCUGUUUCAUCUCAUUUUACAAGGACGACCCUGCCUUAGACAAGCACCUCGAGGACGACCAUAAAGAAAAAUGGGAGUAUGUCGAUGGCGGAAAGGACAGGUGGCACACCAAGGCAAACCAUCAGGAAUCCUUCUUCUGUGACUUCUUGCCUCAAAGCCCGGUUUCCGACGGCCAUAUCUUACAACCAGGCAUCCUCCGAGAACGACAAACAUUGGUUUCCCGACGACGUGGACUAAAAAUAGCGCUAGAACCGCGCAACCAUUUGAGUCGGACCACGACGUCCGCACUAAGGAAAGGGUCCAGCCCACGAUGCCAUCGCCUGUUCCCGCUGGAAAAGGAGGAUCAACAGAUGGGAUAUUGGUACAGGGCGGUGGUGGCCAUUCCCUACCUACCACUGCAUCCUUGUAACCGCCCUCCAGGGGAGCGGGAAAUGAAGUGGAAUCCCUGGGGCCUGACCACCCCGACGUCUCAUGGUGUCAGCCGUGGCCUUGGGGGCCCUUCCCUCGAAGACACGACGCGGCCCUCUACUCUUCUACCUUCUCACGCCAAUCGACCUGAUUCUACGACCAUGCACACCUGUGGUAGUGCCCGCUCCGCGAAGCGACGGAGAGCCAACACAGGCGGCACUCCCAUCGGCAAGGAAAUAACUGUGUUCGACGAUCCAAGCUCUCCAGCAUCUCCCCUUUCAGCUCUGGUCAAGUCGCCGGUCUCGGAUGACGACAAAGAAAACCAGCCUCAAGGUGGCUGGACGCGAUCUCCGCCGGCCAGCCGGUGGAGCGUGCUUGACGAGCAGCCUCUCAGUCCACAGAGCUCCGGCGACCCUUCCACGGAACGGAUUCUCCUCUUUUCGGACAUAUGUGCCCGGGCUGAACCGCCUGAUGGCGACCUGAUUUUACCCUCGGGGUUGGUGCUUCAUCGGCAUGUCAAGGAGGGACGGAGAUCAUCUCAAAUGGAACGUAUUUCUCGAGGGGCCGGCUGGUUGGAUCUUCACAUCGGCUGGCGGCGACCGACCGAACGUCCCAUCUGGACUUCAGACCGGUCGAUAUCGAGCGCAACUUCAUUUAAAUGGGGCUAA